AGGAUUCACGAAGUCAACGAUUACCCUUCAUUAAAAUAUAAAUAAUUGAAAAAAUUGUUUACGGAUCGAAGUGAACGGUAUUGACGCUCUACAAUGAUAACUUUUUUUUCAUUUGAAAAGAGAUAGAGCAGGUGGCGUAUAAGUUGCUGGAUCAGAUGGCGACACCGUCCCGUCAAGUGACAACACAACACUUAACCUCGAAAUCAUGAAGAGGAUGAGACACGAGUUUUAAUCGAUUUCCAUAAAAUAAUGCCUAUUAUUUAUUAGUCACGAGUGUUUUGUUUUUAGCCUAGUAAAUUUCUAGAGCUCCAGAGUCAAAAAUGUAUUUAACUUAUGGAACUGUUUUGGCAUUUCUAAGUUUAUUUUCGUUUAUAUCAGCUAGUGAAUUAGAUUAUGAUGGGUGGUUGCAAGUAAGACUGUACCAUUCCUUUGAUGAUCUACCUGUACCUCAGUAUACGGAAAGGGGUAAUGUUACUAUUUCCAGUAUACGAAGUGGAGCAGCUAUUGUUGCUCAGCCAUCGAUAAGUAAUGCUAAUGUAGAUAAAUUAAGUAAACUUGCUGAAAAUGGCAGCAAAUAUCGAUUGAAAGCAGUAGUCAAAACAUCGUCCGGUAGUGAAACUACUUUUCUUUCCUCAGUCUUAGCGUGUAAUCUAGUUGGUUCCAAUUUACAAGAUACGUUAUAUAUUUGGCUGGACAGCACAGCUGAGCCAGUUGCAAUCAAUUUGAUUUCGAGAGGUCCAUGUUCCCAGGAUACUCCAGCCACCCAAAUGUGGACUACCGAGGUUCAAGUCAAGUACCCGGAUGGUGGGCCAAUACCCGACACUGCCACUUACAUUCAGAAGAUCGAAAGAGAGAAACAAGCCAGAGAAAGCGGGGAGGUUAAGGACAAUCGCUCCUUCUUUGCUAAAUACUGGAUGUACAUAGUGCCAGCUCUGAUAUUCUUCGUGCUGACAUCGGCGACAAAUCCAGAAGCCGGCGGUGCUGGAGGUGGCGGAGGUGGAGGAGCUCAACGCUAAGAACUACCUCGUGUAUCAUACGUUUAUAUUCUAUUUCGUACCAGUGGGUACUACGAACAUAACUAUGUGAAACAGUCAUCUGCAGUUUUGUGUGUAUAAAUGGGUUUCAUACAAAGAAUGCCGAGUAAUUCAUGAAUCAACAUGCAUAAAUUUUAAUCGAAUUCAUAUUAUUAUGUAUGCAAUAAACAAAGUGUGAACCAAACAGCGCUUGAUUCAUUGAUUGUUAAAUUCGUGGACGAAACAAACUUUCUACUUGCAAUAAAGCGUAAAGUUUAAAAAAAAAGAAA